AUGCAAACGCCACCAACCAUGGACGACGGGUGGUGGAUCAUCUCGUUGCUGGUGGUAACUCUGGGAAUCCCCACGGUUAAUGCGGCUUCCAAAGACCAAUGGAUCGGUCGCUCUAUCUAUCAAAUCGUGACCGAUCGCUUUGCUCGAUCGGAUAACUCAACCACCGCUGCUUGUGAUGCAGCACUAGGUAACUACUGCGGAGGCUCUUUCCAGGGCAUCAUCAAUAAGCUGGACUACAUCCAGGAGCUCGGAUUUGAUGCGAUAUGGAUCUCUCCCGCACAAAGCCAAAUUUCCGCCCGAACAGCAGAUCUCUCAGCAUACCAUGGAUAUUGGCCCAAUGAUCUGUAUUCCAUCAACUCUCAUUUCGGCACCCCCAAGGAGCUGGAAGCCUUGUCCUCUGCCCUGCACGAUCGUGGCAUGUACUUGAUGCUCGACAUCGUGGUUGGCGAUAUGGCCUGGGCGGGAAAUCACAGCACCGUCGAUUACAGCACCUUUAAUCCUUUCAAUGAUCAGAAGUAUUUCCAUGACUUCAAGCUCCUGUCCAGUGACCCCACAAAUGAAACUUGUGUCCUGGAUUGCUGGAUGGGAGACACCGUCGUAUCACUUCCCGAUCUGCGAAAUGAGGACCAGCAAGUUCAGAAUAUUCUGGGUACCUGGAUCUCGGAGUUGGUUUCGAACUACUCAAUUGACGGACUGCGUAUCGACAGCGUCCUAAAUAUCGCCCCGGACUUCUUCUCCAACUUUACCAAGUCAUCAGGGGUUUUCACUGUCGGUGAAGGUGCCACGGCCGAUGCGGCUGAUGUUUGCCCUCUGCAGCCAAGCUUGAAUGGGCUUUUGAAUUAUCCAUUGUACUAUAUUCUUACCAACGCCUUCAACACGACCAACGGGAACCUGAGCACCAUUACCGAGUCCAUAAGCUACACCAAAGGACAAUGCGAGGAUGUCUUGGCCCUGGGGACGUUUACUGCAAACCAGGAUGUUCCGCGCUUCGGUUCAUACACGUCGGAUAUAUCGCUGGCUCGCAAUAUCCUGACCAGCAGUAUGCUGACAGACGGCAUCCCCAUCCUCUAUUACGGCGAGGAGCAGCAUUUGACAGGAUCCUACAAUCCCGUCAACCGUGAGGCUCUGUGGCUGACCAACUACUCGAUGCGCUCGACCUCCCUCCCCACCCUCGUCCAGUCCCUGAACCGCCUUCGAUCUUAUGCUAGCGGGGACGGUGAGCAGUACACGCAAAAGUCGCAAUCCGGAAGCGAUUACCUCUCGUACCUGUCAGCACCCAUUUACAAUUCUACGCACAUUCUGGCCACGCGCAAGGGGUUUGCGGGCAAUCAGGUCGUGAGUGUCGUAUCCAAUUUGGGAGCCAAGCCAGCCAGCAAAGCCACCACGAAAAUCACGUUGGGUUCAGACGAGACUGGAUUCCAAUCCAAGCAGAAUGUGACCGAGAUCUUAUCUUGCAAGACGUAUGUCACGGAUUCCAGCGGGAAUCUGGCAGUGGAUCUGAGCUCGGACGGGGGUCCGCGCGUGUACUAUCCCACGGACAGCCUGAAGGACAGCACUGAUAUCUGUGGUGAUAAGACCAAAUCGGCGACCCCGAGUAGCUCCGCAGCCUCAUCCGUGAGCUCGAUCCAGUCCAAGGGUUCAGAGACUUGUUUGUUUGGGGUACCGUUGGGGAUAAGCACAUUGGUGGUCACAGUUGCGAUGGCCACGUCCUACGUGUUCUAGUCUCCUUAAGCCUCUAC